AACUCGGCGCCAUUUUUACGCGCGCUAAAAUAAACUGUGGCUUAGAGCUCUGAGAUUGGAGUUGCAGAGCUUUCUCGAACCCUAGAAAUGUCAGGCAACAGAAUCCCUGAGAUCAGGCAAGACUCCGUGUUCAAGAAAUGGGUGAUCAUCUCACCUGCAAGGGCCAAAAGACCCUCCGAUUUCAAAUCCAAGAAAAACUCUGGCUCUCAAAAUCCUAGUUCCAACUCUUCAAUGGAUUCUUGCCCUUUUUGUAUCAAUCACGAGCACGAAUGUCCGCCUGAGAUCUUCAGAGUACCUCACGGGACCUCGCAAUGGAGGAUUAGAGUCAUUCAAAACCUCUACCCGGCACUUCAACAACCUCAAAACCCUAACCCUAGUUCUCAGGAUUUGGAUCCUCUGGUUGAGAAAAAUCAUGGGAGCCCUAACUAUAUCCCUCAAUAUCAUAGCUCUGGUUCUCAUAGUCUUGGUAUUCCUGAGAACCCCAUCCCUGAGGUUCACCUAUCCCGUGACUUGAUUCGCAGUAUACCUGGAUUAGGGUUCCAUGAUGUUGUUAUUGAGAGCCCUGAACACUCUGUUGCUUUAUGGGAUCUUCCACCUCAUGCGAUAGGAGAUGUGUUGCUUGCUUAUAGAGAGAGGAUGAAGCAGCUGCUUUGCAAUGAAUUUAUCAGAUAUAUCCAGGUGUUUAAAAAUCAUGGUGCAUCGGCUGGAGCAUCAAUGAGCCAUUCCCAUAGUCAGAUUAUGGCUCUUCCCAUCAUUCCUCCUUCUGUUUCAGCUCGCCUUGACAGCAUGAAAGAGCAUUUUGAGAGGACGGGGAAAUGCCUGCUCUGCGAGAUUCAUACCAAGGAUCUCUUGAUUGAUGAGUCUGCCCAUUUCUUUGCGAUUGCCCCUUUCGCAGCUUCAUUUCCUUUCGAGAUCUGGAUUGUUCCAUCCUACCAUUCUUCACAUUUUGAAGAAUUAGACUCUGAGAAGGCUGUUGAUCUUGGGGGAUUAUUGAAGCUCAUGCUACAAAAGUUGUAUUAUCAGCUAGAAAACCCACCAUUCAAUUACAUGAUCCACACCUCACCCUCAGGUGUCCCCUCUGGACUACCUUAUAGUCAUUGGUUUCUGCAAAUAGUUCCACAGCUUUCAGUAGCUGCGGGUUUCGAGAUUGGAAGCGGGUGUUACAUAAAUCCGGUGUUUCCAGAAGAUGCUGUAAAAGUUUUGAGGGAAGUGAAGCUCCCUGUGUAAAUUAUACAAAAGUAAAAUUUCAUACCUGUUUUUCUUUCUACCUCCAUACUGAUAUUUUUUUGUUUAAAGUAUGGAAUUUGUUUAAUGGUAAGACAUUAGCAUUAAUUAUUCAUUUGUCACUUGUUUA